AUGGAACCACUGAAUGAUUCCGGAACAGAUAGAGAUCGUCAGGCAGGGAAGCUAAUUCAAUAUUCCGUUGAGGAGGUUGCUUGGUUGCCUGAUAGGAAUCCAACAUGGGCCUCACAACAGCUGGAAGAAAUAGGCCUGAGGGGGAUUACGCAGCAUGAUAAGUGA